AUGGUAGACCGAGGACACCCCAGGCUUUCGGUAGUAAAGCAGUGUCGUCUGUUGCAGCUCAGCCGUUCCGCGGUGUACUACCGGCCGACACCGACUAACCCGGCGGAUCUGGACCUGAUGGCCGGGAUGGACCGGCAGUAUCUGAAGACGCCCUUUUAUGGUUCUCGCAGGAUGACGGCCUGGCUCCGGACUCAGGGGCAUCAGGUCAACCGCAAGCGGGUACGGCGACUGAUGCGGGCAAUGGGGCUGGAAGCCAUCUACCGCAAGCCCAAUACCAGCAAGCCUGCGCCGGAACACAGGAUAUACCCUUACUUGCUGAAAGGAGUGACAGUCGACAGGGUCAAUCAGGUUUGGGCAGCCGACAUCACUUACCUGCCCAUGUCCCGGGGAUUCCUUUACCUCGUGGCUAUUAUGGACUGGCACAGCCGAUACGUGCUGGCCUGGAGGCUCUCCAAUACUCUGGAGGUGGGCUUCUGUAUCGAUGCGCUGAAAGAAGCCUUGAGCAAAGGACAGCCGGAGAUCUUCAACACCGAUCAGGGAAGCCAGUUCACCAGUGAAGCCUUCUGUGGCCUGCUGCUGGAGCGGAGGAUCAAGGUCAGCAUGGAUGGCAAGGGUAGAUACCUGGACAACAUCUUUGUAGAGCGUUUGUGGCGGAGCGUCAAAUACGAGGAGGUAUAUCUGAAAGCUUAUCGCAAUGGUAGUGAAGCCAGGAGAGGAAUUGACGCUUACCUGGACUUGUACAAUCGAGAGCGGCCGCACCAGUCUCUGGGCUAUCGGACUCCGGCUCAGGUGUUUGCAGAAGGAAGGCCACUCAGGUGUUUACCAGAGCAGGCAUCGACGUUAUUAUCUCGUGAGCCAACGUCAGACUUUCCAGCGGGAGUCUCUCUUAACCUGGCCUCUUCGUUGUCCUAA